UGGAACAAAACACUUUCUUUUCUUCACCUCUUCUGGCGCCGCAAACCUCGCCAUGUCUUGGUCUCCGGCCGUCUUCUUCGGCUGCGCGCUGGCUGCCCUUUUCGCACCAGGCCUAGCUCUGGAUGUCAAGGACUUUGCCUAUGACUACGCCCCGUAUCUCCGCUUCGAUAGCAAGGAAGGGACGGGCGACCGGUGCUUCCCCCACAACGCCUCCGACUACUACCACGUGCGCAAGGCGGGCGACGCGUCCCGCCAGUGCAACGAGGACUAUGCCACGGUGUCCAACGGCGACAUCCCCACCUACUGGCACGCCAUGACAUGUGGCUACCACCUCCACAUAGCAUACUGGACCUUCUACGGCUACAACCACGACUGCGACUGCUGCUCCGGCGAGCGAGACGCCUGGUGGGAGUUCGUCGUCGUCAAGGUCCGUGACUGGGACCUGCAGCCGCACAUGCACGAGGUCAUGUUCGGCCAGAAGAAGGGCUGGUACACGAGGAUCCCAGGUCACUACGAGGUCCACGACACCACGCACCCCGUGGCCUACGUCGGCAAGACCUCCCACGGGACCUACCACGACGACGGAGGCACCGGCACCUGCUGCUACUUCGAGGACUUCAGGAACCCGGGUAGCAUAGACAUGAGCAUGAAGACGUGGCUGAACCUGGUGGAGCUGAAGCAGGCGGGCGGCGAGGGCUGGAUGGAAGACGCCGACACCGACGUGUGGAACGGCCUCCUCGCGCCCACCUUCAGGAGCGACUGGGACCUCUGCUCCCUCGUCGGCUGCACGGGGUCCUCUCUCCAGCUGUGCGGGACGUCGGGGUGCCACAAGAGCGACAUCGGCGACGACCCAUUCUAAGGGCCUCGAGAGGUUCACGGAGAAGGCGGAACCAGCGGGGAUUUGCAGCGGUCGAUCGUGAGAGUGAAAUAAAGAAUGGGAAUUAUC